AUGAUAAAUUUACGAAAAAAUCACCCACUAUUAAAAAUAGUUAAUCACUCAUUUAUUGAUCUCCCCACUCCCCCCAAUAUUUCAUCCUGAUGAAAUUUCGGGUCUCUCUUAGGCAUCUGUCUCAUUAUUCAAAUCGCUACAGGAUUAUUUCUAGCCAUACACUACACAGCAGACACAACAACAGCAUUUUCAUCAGUAUCCCACAUCUGCCGAGACGUAAAUUACGGCUGACUUAUCCGCUAUAUACAUGCAAAUGGAGCCUCAAUAUUUUUUAUCUGCCUAUUUAUUCAUAUCGGACGAGGUAUUUACUACGGAUCUUAUAUCUUCACAGAAACAUGAAACAUCGGAGUGAUUCUUUUAUUUGCUGUAAUAGCCACUGCAUUUAUAGGAUAUGUACUUCCAUGAGGGCAGAUAUCUUUUUGAGGAGCUACAGUCAUCACUAACCUUUUAUCAGCGAUCCCCUACAUUGGACCCACAAUUGUAGAGUGAAUCUGAGGUGGGUUCUCAGUAGACAAAGCUACACUAACACGAUUUUUUGCAUUUCAUUUUAUUUUACCCUUUAUUAUUACAGCCCUAGUCCUAGUCCAUCUUCUAUUCCUACACGAGACAGGAUCCAACAAUCCACUAGGACUUGACUCAAAUGCAGACAAAAUCCCCUUCCACCCUUACUACACAGUAAAAGACUUCUUAGGGGUAAUUCUACUAAUCUCUUUCUUCAUACUCUUAGUCUUAUUUUUUCCAGAUCUAUUAGGAGACCCAGACAACUAUACACCAGCUAACCCACUUAACACCCCACCCCACAUUAAACCUGAGUGGUAUUUCUUAUUCGCUUACGCUAUUCUCCGAUCUAUCCCUAAUAAACUAGGAGGCGUACUAGCCUUAGUACUCUCCAUCUUAGUCUUAAUUUUCCUACCACUAAUUCACACCUCUAAACAACGAAGCCUUAUGUUCCGACCAAUCUCUCAAAUACUAUACUGAAUCUUAAUCGCCAACCUUAUUAUUCUCACAUGAAUCGGAGGUCAACCAGUAGAAGACCCCUUUAUUAUUAUUGGUCAACUAGCCUCAAUCAGCUACUUCUCAAUUAUUCUAAUUCUCCUACCAAUUGCAGGAAUCAUUGAGGACAAUCUAUUAAAAUGAUACCUUU